AUGCGGAAACUUCAUUCAGAUCAAGACAAAGGAGAUGGAUCACUCAAAUAUAUUUUAUCUGGAGAUGGAGCUGGAACUCUUUUUAUUAUUGAUGAAAAAACAGGUGACAUUCAUGCCACUAGAAGAAUUGAUAGGGAAGAAAAGGCCUUUUAUACUCUGCGUGCACAAGCUAUUAACAGAAGAACUUUGCGGCCAGUAGAGCCAGAGUCUGAGUUUGUGAUAAAAAUCCACGAUAUCAAUGACAAUGAGCCAACAUUCCCAGAAAAGAUUUAUACAGCUACUGUUCCUGAGAUGUCUGUUGUAGGUACUUCGGUGGUGCAGGUCACAGCCGCAGAUGCCGAUGACCCUUCGUACGGGAACAGUGCCCGCGUCGUCUACAGCGUACUUCAAGGCCAGCCUUACUUCUCUGUGGAGCCUGAAACAGGUAUAAUCAGGACUGCUUUGCCAAACAUGAACAGAGAAAACAGAGAACAAUACCAAGUUGUCAUCCAGGCCAAAGACAUGGGCGGCCAAAUGGGUGGCUUAUCGGGGACCACUACAGUGAACAUCACACUGACGGAUGUCAAUGACAACCCACCUCGUUUCCCCCAGAACACCAUCCAUCUUCGAGUUCUUGAAUCCUCUCCAGUUGGCACAGCCAUUGGAAGUGUAAAAGCAACUGAUGCCGACACAGGGAAAAAUGCUGAAGUAGAAUACCGAAUUAUUGAUGGUGACGGGACUGAUAUGUUUGACAUCAUAACUGAGAAGGACACACAGGAAGGGAUCAUAACUGUGAAAAAGCCUCUUGAUUAUGAGAGCCGAAGGCUUUAUACUCUGAAGGUUGAAGCAGAAAAUACCCACGUGGAUCCACGUUUCUACUACCUCGGACCAUUUAAAGAUACAACAAUUGUGAAAAUCUCCAUUGAAGAUGUGGAUGAACCCCCUGUUUUUAGCAGAUCCUCCUAUUUGUUUGAAGUUCAUGAAGAUAUUGAAGUGGGCACAAUCAUUGGUACCGUAAUGGCCAGAGACCCAGAUUCUACUUCUAGUCCCAUUAGAUUUUCCUUGGAUCGCCAUACUGACCUUGACAGGAUCUUUAACAUACAUUCUGGAAAUGGAUCACUUUAUACAUCAAAGCCACUUGACCGUGAACUCUCUCAAUGGCACAAUCUUACUGUUAUAGCUGCUGAAAUCAAUAAUCCCAAAGAGAUGACGCGUGUGGCAGUUUUUGUGAGAAUUUUGGAUGUCAAUGACAAUGCCCCACAGUUUGCUGUGUUCUAUGACACUUUUGUGUGUGAAAAUGCCAGACCGGGACAGCUUAUACAGACUAUAAGUGCCAUAGACAAAGAUGACCCUUUAGGUGGACAGAAAUUUUUCUUCAGUUUAGCUGCUGUCAAUCCAAACUUCACAGUACAGGAUAAUGAAGCCAAAUCUGGCCUUGGGGAGAAUCCAAAGGAACUUGCAUUCUCAGAGGCUCCCCUACCUACACCUUCAUUCAAAGCCCCCAAGCAUAAACCUGCCCUUGUGACUUAUCAACAUGUUCCUUCUAAACAAUUCACUCCCUUUCUUCUUAUCCCAUAA